UUCACUCUUCGAGUCGCGUCAGGUGUGUGUGUGCGCGCGUUUCAAUCUUUUAAAUCGUAAUGAAACGCCGCGCAAUGUAGGCUUCGUUCUACAGAGUCUCGCCGAAUUCCUCGUUCUUCAGCGGGGCUCACUGCGUGCGGAUUCCGGGUUCCCGUGGCCGUGACAUUUCGAGAUACUUCGAAAUCGCCUCACCUCUUCGUCUACAAUGCCACCUCGGUCAGCGCCAUGCAUUUCUGCUUCCGCCCGACUAGAUUCGGGCUCCUGUUACAAGUGAGGAGGUAAGAUGCGCAAUUUCGUUCUAAAGUAAUUCCAACGUACGAUCGACGACGACUCGGCUCGGAUGGGAAACUCCGUCGAUCCUCCUCGAGCGGGAGAUCACGGAUCAUCUCGACGAAAAGCAACGGGCUUCGCGAUCAGGCGGUGAUCAUGGUGAACGCGGGCAGCGCGGUGGCGCAUUUCGUGAAAUUGCUGGUGACUGCGGUAUGCAUGAGAUAUCUCACCGAGCCUUACCGGGCGAAGGUCUUGCCAACUACGUGGUGUCUGAGUGCCUUCCGCAUUCUCUUUAUGCACUCGAUCUUGGGAAUUUUCAGAUUCGGAAUCCCAUUCACCUCGGCAUCGACGGUUACGGCAAGAUGUUUUCGCAGCUUUUACGACUGGUACUCCUAUGGCAUUGAGAUUGUACCUCUGGCAUUACUGACGUCUGGUAUAUUGAGUGCAUAUCAAAUAGAUGACAACAUUCGUAUGUUGUUAUUGUUUCUCGGUACAAUACCAAUAUUAUUUCCGUUCGCUGUGAAACAGAAAGAAAGUCAAGUACGAAAAUUCCGUCUUCUAACCGAUAUCGCCGUCGUGUUACAGAUACUUGCCAUCACGAUACUCGGUUUGCAAAACGACAAUUAUAACGUAAUCAGUCUAGUCGUCUCCUACACUUUUGCGCGUUUUUUUGUGGAAGAAUUUUGUUAUCGUUACAGCAUACCGCACACUGAUUUGACACAAUAUUGCAUAUGCUUUAUCGAGGUGUUUACAGUUUCAACGCUUAAAGAUUUGUAAGAAAUGUGUUUCGAUGUGAUUAUACAAUGUAUCAUCUCUACUUCGAGUAGUUGCCCACUCGAGAUUCAACGAAUCAUUUAGUUACCAUUGUGAGGAAGAACGUCAAUUUCUAAAACCGUACAUGUCAUUCAUGCCACAUUUAUAAUAACGAUAAAAUAAGAGAGUACUUGCAACAAUUGUUCGAUAAAGAACGGCACAACGUGCGUCAAUAGGGUGGUUAUUUUGUUAUCGGCUUGCGAGCGAAUAUUUAUGCUAGAUUUUCAUAUAACAGUCUGCGUCAGUCAGAAAGUACUGCCGAUUUUCAAAGUAAAAUCUAAAUUAUAGUUUGUACGAUAAAGACAGUGCCACACAUCUUGUCUUUUUUUAUACAUUUUACUGUAGUAGUGAAGGAAUGUUUGUAAUUCUUUAACGAUAAGACUUUAAAACGAAUUUUACGCAUUGUUAUCAAGUCUUCACGGUGAAGAAAUAACACGAAACUUUCUGGUAUUUUUACCAAUACUUUUCUAACGGUAAAUUUAUAGUGUGCGUGGCGUCUCUGACCUAACUCUUUUCGAUAUUUAACUUUUUAUAUCCGUUUUUGAAGGGAAAAUGUUUGGUUGUCGGCCUACUGAAGGACAAGUAUAAUUAAGCGUGAAAGGCGUAAUGUUUUCACAAGUAAUAAUGACAGAUAAUGGGGUCUAUUCUCGGUAAAUAUGACGCGAUACAAAACGCUUCGUUAUCUGUUGUUUAUCGCUUUGAUGUGGCGGAGAUGCGUUUAUUGUAUAUCUAACGAUGUGUGUCAUUAAGAUAAUUAUUGUAUUAUAUAAGAUAAAAACGAUCAAAUUGAAUGAUAUUGCUGCUCAAUCGCAGCAGUGAUGAUUUCACCAAAGUAUCGCUUGAAUUCUCGAAUUUGCGUAUACUAAAAUUUAUCUGCGAUUGUAUCGGGGCUUUAGCGUCGAACACGGACGAUAUCGGCAUUUUGAUACGCAAUACGUGCGGUAGUCAUUUUUCCCCAGAGGAUUUUGCUAUUGAUUUAUUUGAGAUGUAUCGCCUUUUAAAGAUUGAAAAAUAUAAAAUCUUUUUCUUAUA